AAUGACUCCUAAACAAAGUGUGGCAGAGUCCGCCACGACAUUCAAGCUCCUGAGUGCGUAUGGUUAUUCCGCUACUGGUCAGUCGUCUCUCGAGUUUGAGGUUAAGGCCUGUCAGGACGCUUCUGUGGCUCUGAUGAAUACUGAUGACGAAAAUGCGCCGGGUAAAAUGUACAUGGUUACACUUGGAGGGUAUGGCAAUACUCGGGUCGUCAUGUAUGACUCUAAAUACGGCACCGAAAAAAAAAAUGUUAUGAAGACGGUGUUGAAUUGUAAUGCGUUCAAGCAUUUCAAAGUGGAAUGGGGAUCAGGGCGGACAUCUGCGUUUUCCUCUUCUGAUAGCGGGGUAACCUGGACUCUGUUGGCUGAGUGGGUGGAUUCAUCGCCGAUUCCAGUGAAUUUUAUCGGGGUCACCACGUCAAGAUACUCUGACGGGGAAUGGAACAUUAAACAAGGAGGAGAAACACAAUCUGAAACAACUACUACCAUGACGACAACUACCACCGCGCCAACUACCACAGCAACAACUACCACAGCAACAACUACCACAGCAACAACUACCACAGCGACAACGACCGCAGUGACAACUACCACCGCACCAACUACCACAACGACAACUGCCACCGCGCCAACAACAGAUAUGGAGACAACAGCAAUAUUAGAUACGUCAUCGGUGACGUAUGCAAGUUGUUCGUGUGUCUGUGUCCAAGCAAACACUACAACAUCCGGUUGUGCACCAGAUGACAUCAGCUGUAUUGUAAAGGCUGUGAAAAAAGAGUUGAUCAUUGACAAACUGACCUUGUCGUCCACCAUAAGGAAGAAAACAAGUGCCAACGAUGAUAGGCCAUCCGCACAAGCCAUUGGCAUGGUCGGUGUGGUGUUCCUUGUAUCAUUUGCGCUCACAGUGUUUGUGCCAGAUGUUGUAACGUUAUGCCGGUAUAUAUUGCCAAGGCAUAACAAACCAAACAUUCCUUGAUAUUAUGAAAUAUCACACAUAUAUAUUGCUGAUAGAAAGUUUCAUCCUGUUGGUUUGAUUCUGGUCGAUUCAUAUAAUCGAGGUACAGUCAAACCUGUUGUAAAGGACACCUCUACAUAAAGGACAUUUGUCUAUAAUGACAGAUUCAUCAUACCAACUCCUUCCAAUUUACUAUAUAGUUAACCUUUACAUAAAGGACACCUGUCUAUAAAGGACAAUUUUAUCUGUUCCUUGGGUGUCCUUUAUAGACAGGUUUGACUGUAAAUUCUAGUUACCAACCUAUGCAACUUCCCUCUAAUCGAUCCGUCUAUGUCACCUCAGCAGGACACAGGACAUAUCAUGAUUAUAUUUUUCAUACCUUGAUCACCCUCUUUAUUAUUAAUGUGAUGUUACUUCAAAUGACGAUCUCGCUACUACCACGCUGUUGUAUUGCUGACGAGACGUCAAUACAUUUCUGUGAUACUGAUGUUCUUGCCAAGCCAGGAAUUCCCAGCCAUUACCUUAUUGAUAAGACAAUAUAUGAUGUUAUAUGUUUCCUGUGUGUUUUGUGAUCGACAGAGCUCAGUCAAGGAGUAAUACCUCGAAGCAAAAUCUGUACAGAAUACUGUACAGAAUAUAGAGUAAAAGAUGUUUUGUGGUAUUUUCCAUUAGUAGGAGUACUAGUGUAUUUGACCACUGUAAAGUAUAUAGAGUUUUGUGUCUGUUGGUUACACCAUCAGUUAGGUCACUGGUGUAUUUGUACACUUAGAGUAUAUAUAGGGAGAGUUUUGUGUCAGGUCUGUUGGUUACACCAUCAGUUAGGUCACUGGUGUAUUUUAUAGGGAGAGUUUUGUGUCAGGUCUGUUGGUUACACCAUCAGUUAGGUCACUGGUGUAUUUGUACACUUAGAGU